ACACUGCCAACAGCUGUUCGGUUUUGCCUGCGUUUUCAAAUAUCUCCGUCAUUUCGCAUUUUGAGUAAAUAAUAAUCGUUUCAACAUGGAAAAAUGGGUACGGGACACGCUAUCCAAGUGCCUGGACUGCGUGGUCACCGACAAGAUGAUGGAGGCCAUCUUGGAGAUCAAGGAUGACUACGACUUUGAUAACUAUUUCGGUAAUCUGCUGUGCGAGGAGAACGAGGAGCAUCGCAUCUUUCUGCUCAACUGCCGCCGGAUGCUGCUGAGCGGCAAGCAGGCGCGCAACAACGCCAAGGGCGGCACGCCGACCAAACAAAUGCCAAAUAGAUCGCCAAUAAUGACAAAAAAGGCGCCGGUCGCUGGUGCUGCUGGCGUUGGCGGUGGUGGAGCCAAGGGUAAGCAGGGGAAAUAUGUGAAUCUGUAUUCGAACGAUGGCCGGCUGCAGGGCGACACCAUUAUGCUGAAGGGACGCCGCCGCUGCGACUGCCAGGCGGCGCAGCACAAGCUUAUCAACAACUGCCUCGCCUGUGGCCGGAUUGUGUGCGUGCAGGAGGGCAGCGGCCCGUGCCUAUUUUGCGGCUGUCCCGUUCACACGUCCGAGGAGGAGCUGCAGCUGGCCAAGGAUGCCUCCAAGAUCAGCCAGAUGGCCAAGAAUCCCAGCAAGAGUCAGUUGAAGAAGAAGGAGAAAACCUCGAGCGCAGGCGGCAACCAGAAGUCUGGCGAUGGCCUGGAGCAGGCCGUGGCGCAGCGCGAUCGUCUGCUGGAGUACGACCGGAACAGCGAGAAGCGUACGACGGUCAUCGAUGACGAGCUGGACUACUUCCAGGAGAACUCCGUCUGGCUGAGCGACGUCGAGCGGGAGAAGUACGAGAAGCUCAAGAGCGAGAUGCACGAACUGAAGCACGGCAGUCGUCUGACGCGCAAGAUCAAGGUGGAUUUCGCUGGACGUGAGGUGGCCGAGGAGCUGCCCGUCACCAAGGAGUACGAGCAGCAGGUGAUCCAAGAUUUGGCGGCCAUCAGCAAGGCCGCAUCCGCAUCCACAGGCACAUCCCUCACGGGCCACUCGGCCAUGGCCUUGGCCCCCAAUCUGGGCAUGGCCAAGCCGCCAGUGUAUCGGCCAAGCAAGGAGCUGAAGAACUGGCCGGCGGCGGCACCCGCAGGAACCGAUAAUCUGGAGCGCAUCUACAAUCGUGUGCAGGACAAGGAGCUGCUCGAGAUGCAGGACAUGCGGCAGUGCAUGUCGAUGCAUCAGCCCUGGGCCUCGCUGCUGGUGGCCGGCAUCAAAAAGCACGAGGGACGCGUGUGGUACAGCGAGCAUCGCGGUCGACUGUGGAUAGCCUCGACGGCCAAAGAGCCACAUCCCGAGGAGAUAGCCCACAUGGAGGAGUUCUAUCGGCUGCACUACAAGGAUCCCAAUAUGAAAUUCCCCGAGCAUUAUCCCACCAGCAGCCUGCUGGGCUGCGUUCAUGUGGAGAACUGUGUGCCGCAGGAGGAGUACCGCGACACCUAUCCCCGAGGCGAGUCGGACAGUCCGUAUGUGUUUGUCUGCAGCAAGCCGGAGCAGCUGCCGAUCCUGCUGCCCGUCCAGGGCGAUCAUAAGAUAUAUGAACUGCCGCUGAAGACGCACAAUGCCGCCUGCAAGACGCUGCUGAGGGCCAGGGCCAACAAGGGCUAAGAGCAGCCAAGGACUUCCUCACAUUCGAUUUCAGCAUUUAAAAUGCUGAUUUAAUAAAAAACAUAAGCCUCAAAGGGUUAAAGGUUAAA